GUCACGUCCGUUUGGGACGAAAACGUAACGUAAUUCGCUAACACGUUUUCUCCUAUAAUACACCAUUCCUUUAGGCUUGGCGCCUUCGUCAAAUGCAGUGAGCGUCGGUGUACGUAAAAUGGCGGACGGUGACAUUGAUUUGUACGCCGACGAUCUCGAGCAAGAUUUCGCGCAGGAUGAAUUUGCUGGUGAUGGCGUUGAUUUAUACGAUGAUGUGAUAGCAGCUCCUGCUGGUGGUAAUGGUGGUGUUUCUACAGGAAACAGUGGAGAUGGUGGAGGUGAUACUACUUCACCUAAUGAAGAAACAAAUGGUAGUGCACCCUACCAUCAACUUGGAAAUAACAUUCAACCAAAUCAAAUUGGACGGCGUCAUCAAUUAUAUGUUGGUAAUUUGACUUGGUGGACAAGCGAUCAAGAUAUAACUGAUGCAGUACAAAGUAUUGGUGUAUCUGAUUUUGUUGAAGUAAAAUUCUUUGAAAAUCGUGCAAAUGGACAAUCUAAGGGUUUUUGUGUAAUAUCUCUGGGUUCAGAACAAAGUAUGAGGAUAUGUAUGGAAAGAUUACCUAAAAAAGAAUUACAUGGACAGAAUCCAGUAGUAACUUUUCCUACUAAACAAGCUUUGAAUCAAUUUGAGUCUCAGUGUAAAACACGUCCAGCUCCGGCUCCUCAGCAGAGUCAGAGUCAGCGCCCACAUAAUCCACAUCAACAUCAGCCACCAAUGCCGCCUCAUCAACAGCAUCCACAACAUCCCCAACACCCUCAACAUUCGCAACAAAAUCAUGGUCCUAGGAUGAUGAUGGGUCCUCCGCAGGGUGUGAGACCACAGAGGAUGCCACCUCCAGGUAUGGGUCCACCAGGGCCUGGUGGACCCGGCCAACAAGGUCCGCCACGCAUGCACGGUCCACCAAUGGGGCCCGGUCCAGGACCGCAUCAUCCUUUACCUGGGCAUCCUAAUCAAGGUCCACCACCUCCGGGAUAUCAACAAGGACCGUGGAAUGGCCCAAGACCUAAUGGUCCACCUGGACCACCAAGAGGUCCAAGUGGACCUGGUGGUCCACCCCAACAGGGACCCCCUGGACCAGGUCCCGGUCAACAUCGGCCCCCGGGAAUGAGUUGCACUAGAGACCUUUCAGAAGCCAGUUACCAUAUACCACAGCAAUUUCACGGUGGUCCACCUGGUCCCCCUGGUCAAGGACCUCCACGCGGUCCACCAGGACAUCCUGGUGGUCCCCCAGGCGAUCCAAGGGGUGCUCAGCCACGUCCUGAAUGGAAUAGACCACCAGGGAUGCAUCACGGGCCUCAGGGACCACCAGGUUUCCCUCAACAUCAACAUAUGCAAGGCCCGCAACCUGGUCAAGGCCCACCACAGAGAGGACCUCCUCCAGGUUCUAUGGGUGGUCCAGGAGGACCCCCACCUGGACAUGGAGGACCACCUCAAGGACCACCGCAAGGACCUCCUGGAGGACCAGCACCGCAUGUAAAUCCAGCAUUUUUCCCACAAGGACCACCUCAUCAGCAUCCAGGACAACAUCCACCAGGUCCUCCUGGCCCGCCUCAUGGGCCACCGCAUGGACCGCCUCAUGGUCCACCUCAUGGCCCUCCGCAUGGACCUCCACACGGUCAACCUCAUGGACCACCCCAUGUACCACCUCAUGGUUAUGGACCACCUGCAGCACAGCCACCUUAUGGCGCGCCGGGACCUGACCAUCGCCCAGAAGGACCUCCUCCGUUAACGGAGCAAGAAUUUGAAGAAAUAAUGGGUAGAAAUAGAACAGUUUCUUCCUCUGCAAUUGCUCGAGCAGUCUCAGAUGCUGCGGCUGGGGAAUAUGCAAGUGCUAUAGAAACCUUGGUUACAGCCAUUUCUCUGAUAAAACAAUCUAAAGUUGCUGCAGAUGAUAGAUGCAAAAUAUUAAUCAGUUCUCUUCAAGAUACUUUACGCGGCGUUGAAACCAAAAGUUACGGAUCCGCACGUAGAGAACGAUCACGUUCACGCGAUCGAGAACGCAGUCACAGAAGAAGGCGUGAACGAUCAAGGAGUCGUGACAGAGAAUACAGGGAGAGAAGCCGGGAUCGAGACAGAGAACGUGACCGAGAACGCGAUCGUGAAAGAGAGAGGGAUCGUGAUCGUGAUAGAGAACGUUAUUAUAGUGAACCAUAUCCUCGAGAGAGAUCACGAAGCAGAGAGAGGGAUCGUGAACGCGAAAGAGAUCGCGAAUAUAGAGAGCGAAGCAGAGAAGAAAGAGAGAAUGAAAAGGGAAGAGGACCGCAAAGGGCUGAGCGUCUGGUACCUAUUAGUAGCAAGUACCAGGAAACGGACGAAGAAUUCUCACAGAGUACAGUACAAGACUAAUUAAUCCUCCAAGGAAGGAAAAAAAUCCCGAAAUUUUUUAUGUUGUAACAUACAAGGGAACGGUUUGCAUGAUAUAUCACACAUACGUUCUCCUGAACGAUUAUGUUUUGAUGUGCCAUUUCUUUCAUUUUUGUUUUUAAAGUAACAAGUAGUUUACUAUGAGAGAUAGUAGUAAAAUAUUGCCGAAUUAAGUAUGACUAAUUCAUGGUCUAAUCAUUUGAAUUAUUAUAUUUUUUAAUCCUUUGCGAUUCGUUUUAAAUUGUACCUUUAUUAUUUUGUUAAAUGAUUGUAAAUAGUAUCCUGCGAUUUUUCAAACAAUUCUAUCAUUGUAUUGUGGAAUUUUUAGUGUUUAUACACAAUCAUUUUCAACGUGUUAACAGAUUGAUGGAAGUUAAGCAUGUUCUUAAUUAUUUUUAAUCUUAUGUCUGGUCAUUAGUAAGAAUUACUUUUCUUAAAAAGAAGUGUUUGAACUCAGGAUUGCAAAGGAUUAACCACGUUUCAAAAAGAAGCAAAUCAAGUACAAUGAGAUUCAUUUUUAUGAACAACAAUUUGACUAUAAGUGUAGUUUUUAAAAGAUCUAAUGUAAUCGUAGCUGUUAAAAAUCUUCGAAAUGCACAUACACGUCAUUUUUUAUGUACAAAAUAUUCGAUACAAAAUUUUUUCACUGCGAUUAACUAAAAUAUCGAAAUUUAUAUGGUGGCUAUUUCUUAUUAUUGUUUAACAGAUGGCAUUUUUCUUUUAAAAAAAGCCACGAUUUUUCAUUUGGCCAGAAUUUAAAGAAUUUUGUAUAGAUUUCAAAAUAGUGCAUCGUUGCACUGUGUUAGAUUCGUUUAACAAUUCCUACAUUUUUUGGCGUGCUAAAUAUUAGGAUUAUCCAUCUAAAGCUCAAAUCUGCGAUUAAAAAUUUGCUCAAUUCUUAAAUUAAAAAAAGUACUUGUCCUUUAUUGAGUUUUAGGGAGAAUUGUCGUGUGCUCUCCUUGUAAACGAUUUAAAACGAAAGCCCAAAACAAAUUUUGCUUUCUUUUUUAUGGAGAUACAACAUUUGAGCAAAUAUCUGAUAUGAUUUGAUAAUAUAAAAAUACCAAAAAAUUUGUGCCACAUCAACUCAAAACUUUUAGGAGAAUUCAGUUUUGUUUCUUUCUUUACGCAAUAUAAAAGAGAAAUAUUUUAUUAUAUAUCAUCGAUUAAAUCUUGAAUGUAUUUCUCUUUUUAAUCAUGAUUGCGUUUUGAAUGAUUAAUUCUAAACUGUAUUUUUUUUUUUUAAUUGAUAGUACAAAGAGCUGUAACAUGUUUUUAUCUGCAGCUUUAUUUUUUAAUGUUUUAUAUUAUUUAACCGAUGCUCUUUUUAUAUAGAAAUUAUAUUUUGUUCUUUAUCAUUUUUAUAAUUAUAUGCAUACCUAAUUCUUCGUACACGAAGCGCUUUGUACUAAAUAGUAUUACAUACAUAUAACGUAUAGUUUCGCCAAUUACCAAAUAUAUAUAAAAAAAUUGAAUAAUUAACAAUCACUUGAAACCAUGACGAAAAUCAAAGAACAUUAGACACUUUUGUAAGUAUAAUUAUAGCGCAUAUAGAAAUUAUGCAGUGAAAUGCAUAAGAAUUCUAUUUUAUCUUUGUUUCAUUCUAUUUAGAAUUCUAUGCUAUUCAAGGCACAGUAUUAAAAAGUAAAAAAGAAAAUUGCCGUACGCUCAAAUACUAGGUGCCCUAAAAGUGUAUAUCCAUUAAUUUCAAGUUACGAAUUUAUAACAUUCCAAACACCAAUUUGCAAUCUUUUAAACGUAUCUGUAAAACGUAUCUCAAAGAGAUGAAAUUUAAUGUUUAAUAUGUAUUAUACAUAAAAUGAAUUACGAUUUUUUGAUGCACUGAAAAAGUGCUUAGAAAGAAGUUACUAGUACAUGUUCGUAUAAUUAUUAUUAUACAUAUCUUUUGCAUUAUAUAAAAUUUGUCAAUCAAAUAUAAUUAAGUAAAGUGUGUAAUAGUCAUACAAGUAACAUAUAUAUUGAAGUAUCAUAUAUGAUAACUACGAAUCAUGUUCUGUGAUCUCGAUAAGCACCUAAAGAGAAACAUUUAAUUGUACAUAAAACAUAUGCUAAUAGUACAGCAAACAUUCCAUGAAAUUAAAAUAAUUGUUCUUUUUGUGAUCUCUUAUUAAGCAGACGAAAUUAUUGUUACACAAUUUCGAGGUCAUUUAUUUGUGCAAGUUUUGCAGCAGAUAUUGUUAACCCAUUAAUACCCAAAAUUACGUGUACGCAACAUUUUGCUGUGUCUUUUAUGAUCAUAAUUGCCAUCGCCCACGCGAUAUCGCGUGAGCGUCAGCAUAAGUAUUAUCUACUUAUUUGCAUUUAUUUUUCUUUAUGAUAGAAAGUGUUAUCUUGAAAAUAUUUUCUAGGCAUUAAUGGGUUAAUCUUCAGAAAAUGGACGUUCUGGGUUAUGGUCAUUUUGACCCAUAAUUAAAACAUAUCGUGGGUUUGACAGGAAAUUUAAAAUACACUUUCACGUGUAAAUAUUAUAUUUUCUGCAUGAGCUUUAAAAUCAACUUUUUACAUUUUGCAUAUUUUAUUUUUGUAGCUAGGUCAAAAUGACCCUGCAAUCGUUGUGCGAGGGUUAAGAAUUAUCGUAGUCAAAAAUCGUGGACAAUGUAUUAUAAAUGCGUAUUUUUUUAGCGGAUAACAGCGUUUAAGAAUUUAUAUAUUUCUCGAUGACA